GCUCCACCUCUCAUGUUUUCCCAUUGCCCUUUAAUUCUUUUCAGGCCUUGCUGCCGUUUCCGCUUCUUCAUUCGUGGUCCCAAGUUUGGGGCUUUAAGGAGAAGCGGGGGCUAAUGGGGAGGCUGUUCAUGACCCAGUUGUCCGGUCGGAUUUAUAUCUGCUUUGCUUGCCAUUGCCAUCUUGCCUACAUGCAUGAUAUCGAGUCGAAGAAUUUCCAAAGCCGUAAUGGGAAGGCAUACCUCUUCAACCGUGUUGUCAAUGUGUCUACUGGCAUCUCAGAAGAGAAAAUGAUGACAACAGGCCCUCACAUUGUUGCAGACAUUUACUGUAACUUUUGCUUCCAAGUUGUGGGCUGGAAAUAUGAAGUCGCCUUUUCAAAGACUCAGAAAUACAAGGAAGGAAAGUUCAUUCUUGAACGUGCUAAAGUGAUCCCUAGAUUGAUACAAGGGGAUGGUCCAGUCGCUUUACCUGUCGUAGAUCCGAGUGCUAACAGUAGUGAUGCAGAAGAAGCGUAAUGGGUGGCCACCCACUUGAAAAUGCGGAUCCAUUCACUUUGUAAAUGAUAUUAAUGUGUACAAAAUUCUAUCUUUUAUGCUGAAGUGACUUUUAUGCUUGAUCCAGUUUCUGUACUGCCACAAUUCAACUUGGAAAUUUGAAAUUCACUUUCCUCUCU